GGAUAAAACAGUUCCAUUCUUGUUGGGAAAGUGAUACAUCAACGAGAGAGGAUUUGAUACCAAUCAUGGUUAAUGACACAGCGGACCUGUCCACUGGGGGCAUGGCGACGGACUGGGACGGGGGAAGUUUGGCGUCGACGACCCAGAAACCUUUCGAUAACGUUCCCAAGAACCAGUCGGUGAACAUGUAUCUCCUCAUCUGUAUAUACGUGAUCAUCUUCCUACUCGCCGUCAUCGGCAACAUCCUCGUCAUCGUCACGCUCGUCCAGAACAAACGCAUGCGCACUGUGACAAACAUAUUCUUGUUGAGCCUCUCGGUCAGUGACCUUUUAUUCGCGAUUCUUUGCAUGCCGUUCACUCUUGUUGGGAACAUUCUGCAGCGGUUUAUAUUCGGGGAAGGAAUUUGCAAGAUCAUACCCUAUUUUCAAGGUGCAUCAGUUGCAGUCUCGGUAUGGACUAUGUGUGCCAUCUCGCUGGAGCGAUACCACGCUAUCUGUAACCCGCUGGCUUCCCGGGCCUGGCAGACCAAGACUAGGGCAUGUAAGAUUAUUGUAGCUGUGUGGCUCAUGUCGUUCUUAGUCUUACUCCCAUUCGCCAUCUACACGGAACACGAGCAGAUAGGCCAGUCCGAGUACUACAAGUGCCGAGAAAGGUUCCCCUCUGCCCUCUUUCAUAAACUUUACAUCACAUGCAUCUUCAUGGCCUUGAUGUUUAUACCACUGUUUAUGAUGUGUAUCGCCUAUGCUUUAAUCAUCAGAGAACUAUGGCGUGGCAUGCACUAUGAAAAGAGAAAUACAAGACGAGAAAAGGAAGAAAACGGAACACCCCUCAAUGACCUAAGCUCCAAGAAGAACAAAGGUCGAAGGUCAUCAAUAGACGACAGUAGCGCCACGGAGAGCUUCCUGCGGAAAUCCCGUGGUACGGGCGCGUCUUCAAAACGAGGGGAGAGCGCUCACGCCACGCCGAGGAGUACGUCAUCGAACACGGCGAAGAAACGCGUUGUUAAGAUGCUCCUCGUUCUCGUCAUACUCUUCUUUGUGUGCUGGACACCAACGUGGAGUAUGAACAUCUGGGCGACCUAUGACCCCAAAACGGCCUACUCAUCUGUUACAACUCUCCAGAUUACACUGAUACGUCUACUGAUGUACACUUCGGCCUGCGUGAACCCUAUUGUCUAUUGCUUUAUGAACAAGAAAUUCCGUCAGGGCUUCAUCGAGGCAUUUGGUUGUUGCUGCUGCUUCGUGGGCAAGAAGACAGACACCACGUCAUUACCCAGCCAGACGAGCGUCAGACGGCAUCCCAUAACACGCCCUCAUUCGACGAACUAUACUAAUAGAUGGCCGGGGAGAUCUGCUCUACGACUAAUCGUUCAUUCGCAACAGUUCAACAAAAUUACCACUCCGGGCCUGGUGAGGGCAGUAUAACGAUUUGAGUAGGAUAAACAUUGAUCCCCAGGCGUUUGUUGAUUUGUCUUUUUUUAUUGCUUGAAGAUAUACAAGCUCACUCAGGUGAUCAAAGUAUCGAUUAGUGACAUCGAUUACAAUCAACCAAAACUGUAAUAUGAAACGCCGUGUUAUUAAUAGCUGAAAAUCAUA